AUGCCUGCUCUUCUUAACUCACCAAUGGAUAUGACCAUGGAGAGUAGCGAUCACUAUAACAACUGGCCCACAGACAAAGGCUACGAUCCCGCAUACGAACAACGCCAACCAGUCGAGAUCCCAGUCACCGGCCACUUCCCUGCCUAUGCCGCAGGAGUCUUAUAUCGUACCGGUCCAGGCAAAAGCCAGGUUCAAGCGGACAAUGGAGAAAUUCUGCGACUGACCCACUGGUUCGAUGGCUUCAGUCAAACCCAUCGCUUCCAAAUCAGAGCCCCUGAUGAAUCGAAUCCAUCAACUCGCAUCUUCUACAACUCCCGCUUUUCGACAGACGACCUCAUCGAGCAGUCGAGAAAAGCCGGAAAUCUAGACCGAAUCAGCUUUGGGCAGAAACGCGAUCCGUGCAAGAGUGUCUUGGGCAAAGUCCAAAGUGAAUUCCUGCCUGAACCUCAACCUCGGCCUCAGCCCGGUCCAGCGGGUAUCAACAUCGGCGUGACCCUUUCAAUCAACUUCCCGGGACUGGAUACCAAGCCUGGAGAUGAGAAGACCUCGCGCUGGACCAACUCGGAGGGGAUCCGCACGCUUUAUGCAAAGACCGACUACAAUGCUCUCAAGAAGCUGGACCCGGAAACCCUCGAGCCGAUAGGUCUGGCCUCACAGACAGACCUACACCCCGAGCUCGCGGGCCAACUUGCUGCGUCGCAUGCUCGAUCUGAUCCGGUUACUGGAGACAUGUUCAACUUCAACCUCACACUGGGACAGACGUGCACGUAUCGCGUGUUCAGAGUGUCGGCGUCAACAGGCGAAACCACAAUUCUGGCCACUUUCGACGCCAUCCCAGCUUAUCUACACUCGCUGCUCAUCACCGAAGACCACGUCGUGCUGUGUAUAUGGAAUGCGCACAUCAACCCAUUAGCCAUGGAUCAAUCCUUCAUGGACGCCAUCUUACCAACAGACCCCAGCCAGCCAGCAGUAUGGUAUGUCAUUGAUCGCAAGCACGGAAAAGGCCUGAUGGCCACAUACGAAAGUCCAGCGUUCUUCUGUUUCCACACGAUCAAUGCCUGGCUCGAGCCAUCGAAGGACGAUCCGACCAAGAAAGACUUGGUCGCCGAUAUUGUCAAAACCGAUAGCUCCGAGUUCCUGCAAACCCUCUACUACGAUAACUUGAUUUCCUCCCGAGAUACAGCCAAGGAGUUCCAGAAGAACCGGAAUGACUCGUUCCGUACGUCGAUUACUCGAUUCCGAUUACCCGCGAUUCCAUCUGUUCCCGAGUCCGAUAUCAAAAGGGCUUCCAUCGAGUGGUCAGUGUGCAAGUCCUUGUCACCCGAGCUGCCGACUAUGGAUCCCACGCGAGUCACACACAAGCACAGAUAUGUUUACGCGGUGACUUUUCGCGGGGAGUCUACGUUGACGGAUGGGAUUAUGAAGCUUGAUUGUGAGACUCAGCAGGUUCAGCUCUGGGCUUGCUAUGGUCAGUCUCCUGGUGAGCCUAUCUUUGUUGCCAAUCCCGAGGGAACGAGCGAGGAUGAUGGUGUCCUUUUGAGUGUGGUUUUGGAUGGUCAGAAAGGCAAGAGCUAUUUGCUUUGUCUUGAUGCACAUACUUUGGCUGAAAUUGGUCGCGCGAAUGUGGAUGGGGCAGUUGGGUUUGGAUUCCAUGGCCAGCAUGUUCCGACUUUGGGUGGGAUGCCUACUGGGGAUUAUUAG